AUGGCCGCCAAAGAGGCGGGACAGACAGAAUUAGCCACAGAAACUGAGGAAUUAUGCGAAGAUCUUGCACCUGGUGACUGUGGCAGUGCCAUGCUGAUAGCAUCUGAUUCGGAUGACAAUUUAAGUACCGAAUUCGAUGGGCUAAAGGUCUUUAGAAAUAAACGGGGUCAUAUUCACGAAAUCGUUCGUCAAAGUUCACAGGAACACGGGGACUCUUCAGGUACAGAACACGGAGAUGUCAACGAUGUGGGACCCAAUGGCGACCAAACAACACCUGGUGCGAGUGAAGAUUCAAGCGGCGAACAGAGCGACGGCAAAGAACUUGAUGGUGGAGUUAAAGAUCUCUGUAUAUUGCCAGAACAUGAUGAAGAUGAUGUGAAAACACCAGACUGGAGAGCGAAGCGUAAACAUGUCUUUAUAUUGAGUGAUUCUGGAAAGCCUGUGUACUCAAGGUAUGGAAACGAGGACAAAUUAGUGACCACUUUUGGAGUUAUGCAAGCAUUAGUGUCAUUCGUAGAAGACUCCAAUCAUGACAGUAUCCGUUCCAUAGUUGUAGGCGAUCAUCGCGUCGUCUUCCUCCAUUACGAUAACAUCAUCCUCGUGUGCGCCACGUGCGGAAUGGAAUCAGACAGACAGAUUCGAAUCCAGCUUAAUUACUUAUAUAAUCAGAUUUUAAGUGUAUUGACGCUCAGUACUCUGAAGAAGAUAUUCAAGCAGCGUAGGAAUUAUGAUUUACGGCGACAGUUGAGUGGCUCCGAGAAGUUUCUAGACAGUUUGUUGUGCAUGAUGGAGACGGAGCCUGGGUUGUUGCUGAGUGCAGUCCGGUGUCUCCCCAUCGAGAGUCAGACCAGAGACAUGAUUGCUCAGAGUAUCGUGCAGAAUGCAAAGAUUAAGGACCUGGUGUUUGCGCUGAUUAUUGCCAACAGCCAGCUGGUGACGCUGGUGCGUAUGAAGCGCUACUUCCUGCACCCGAUGGACCUGCACCUGAUCAUCAACUUAAUCAACGCCGCAGAGUCCUUCAAAGCUGCGGAGUCCUGGACUCCCAUAUGCCUGCCAAAGUUUGACUCGUCAGGGUUCCUGCAGGCUCACAUUUCAUAUCUGGAUGAGGCCUGCCAGACGUGUCUACUGCUGCUGUCUGUCGACAGAGACUGCUUCUUUACACUGUCCGAAUGCAAGACAAAGGUCACAGAACGACUCAUAAAAUACAACGGCCUAAAAGCGAUCAGCGACUCUCUGAGAAAGGACAGUUACAACAUCUCCAAGUGUGGGAUCUCAGACCUGCGUCACUUCCUGUACAAGAACAAGAGCACGGCGCAGUACACGAGUCCCGAGCUUGAGGCCCCCUAUCUGAGUACGGAGGAGCAGGAGAGACUGUUUGGGCUGUACUACUACCUGCACAACCGGAUACACUCCACUAGUCGGCCCCUCAAGAUUCUUUACCAUGUAGGGCAGUAUGAGGCACUGCUAGGCUGGGUAACUCAAGGAUUCGAGCUGUAUGCAGUCUUCAGUCCACUUGUGACGAAAUCAUUGGCAAUCAACGCAGUAAACAAGCUCAUGGCAUGGAUACGGAAGGAAGCUAGUCGAUUAUUUAUACUUGAGUCUGUGACAUUCUGAAAGUUAGUGUGGUUUAAGUAGUGGUGUGAACCAAAUCAACAUUGUGAUAUGUGCAUUUGAUAAAUGUGUUAAUAGAAGGUCUAGUCGCUGAAAGUUUUGUUGGCUGGGGACUCUAAAAGAAUCAGAUGAUAUCUUGGAAGGGGAAUAAGGGCACUCUUGAUAUCAUAUUUCUUUAGUUCUAUAACUCAUUAUCUUUAGGGCAAAAUAUUAGCAAAAUAUAAGCACUUAAUAUGUUUGUAGGGUAAGAUGACCGAUUGGGCACCGUAAAACAUAAGAAUUUUCAACAGUGAAGGAUUAUGACAUAACCUGCUACAAUUAUCAGAUGGUUGCCUUUAUGGUAACAUAUUAACUUUGAGGUAAAAAUGUUGUUUUUUUUUAUAAUAUUGUUUCUGGGUAAUAGAUGGUUUGCAAUGCACAAAAUCUGAAUGGCUACCGUAAAUGUCAAACAAAGUUCAAUAUUGUUUUAAAAGCAUAGAGUAGCCUCUCAAAAUUUAACACUCCUUGUGCAUUCAAUGAUUAAGAUAUGUAAGUUAACUCUGUACAUUAAAGGUUACCUGUAUGAGAUGGUGUGUAACACACAAGGAUAACAUGGUAACCAUUAAUAGCCGGAUUAUGAUUUUUUGAUGUGUAUGAUUUUACAUUCAUAUAACUUCAAAAUGCCACAUGAUUUGACAGUUUGCUUCAAAAUUUGUCAAGGUACGAGUCACAUAGCAUAUUCAUUCAGAUAUACCUUUAAUUACAAAUAGUAUCAAUCAUUGCUGAAAUAAAUUGACAUUUUCUACAGCUGAGUUUAAUAUAAAUGUUUAUUUGAAUAUGUCUUUAAAAGCCAUUUGAUGGCAUUUUAUCGAUGAAUAGCUCAUGUAUAAAUUGCCACAUUCACUUGAUUAUUUAGAGAUAUUAUUUCAUAUAGGUCAUAAAUUUGCCGUGUAAAUGUUAGCAAAGUGUAUGUCCUAUAGGAUGACUUUUUCUGAAGCCAUUCUUUAAGUUUCAUAAAUGUUAUUAUUUUAGAUAUAAUUUCUUAAUGGCAUGUGUACACAUGUUAUGCAAUUUUCACCUGAUUUAGCAAAAUACUACCAAAUAUAGUGAUAAUGUACAUGUUUUAAUACCUGAAAAUAAUUAAUUUAUCAUUAUUUAAAUAUAUAUAAAUAAAGCAAAUGAGAAUUCAUUAAACCGGAGGAACAUGUGUUUCUAUUACAAAUUGUUAAUGGUUAACUAUAUUAAGAAAUAUAUUUAAGGGUUAUUACAAUGCUUUUAAAAAUAUUGCAUUAAUAUCAUUUUUUGACCUUAUUUAAUGUUCAUAGGCCAGUUCAGAGGGCAAGAAAUUGGCUAUGUACAAUGCAUUUUGUUGUACAUUUGGUUGUAGUUUUUAUAGGAAAAUAUUUGCCAGUAACAAAAAUGUUAAUGUUAGUGUGUGUUUUGUUAAACUAUAUUUUGUAUGAAUGUAUGGAAUGUUUUAGUGGCAGUAGAAGUAUAACUCAAACAUUUGAAAUGCACAUUUAACUAUUUGAACAAAUAGUCUGUUGUUUCAAGUGAAAAUUUAUGCAGUACAAAUAAUGCAAGUAGUAAUUCUGAAAAUAAUAGGAACUGUUAGGGUGACACACCAGUAAGUUACACUACUAUAAGUGAUAUUUUUAGAGAAUUGUAUAUUUACAAAGUAUACUCUAAUAAUAUACUAAAUACAAGUUUUUAUAACUAUAGUGUUAAAGUGUAUUUUAUUAAAAAUAAUUAAAAUAAAAAAUAUUUUGUUUGAAAUAUUUAAACAAAAGGAAUUAGUUAUUUGUUGGGCCGUUUAAUUGAACUUGUUCACAUUUCUAUAAAAAGAAUUAUGAUAGAGCCAAAACAGAAUGUAUUAUUUUAUUCAUACAAGCAAAAUAGCAAUCCUGAUAAAAAAGAUGUUAACAAUUAAUGUCUGUUUAUAGGAUAAUCAUUAGUAAUAAUCAGUAUAAUUGUAAGAAGAUUGUAAAACAGCAUGUCCAGACUGUAAUUUUGUCAUUCAUUAUGUUUUAAAAUAACUAACCACAAGUGGCCACCAUCAGUAGACAGUGUGUUAUAGGUAUCAACUGUCUCCAUACUUUAAAGGUAAAGGUCACACUAGGAGGGCAGAGGUCAAUUUUGCCAUUACAAAUUUGGUGCAUCCUUGUCCUAUGGACACAUGUCGUGUUUUAUAACAUUAAAUUAAAUGGUCUUUAGAAGAAUACGAAAAUCUCUGAGACAGUCACUUCAAAUGUAUAUGAAGUCAAUUUAUUUAAGCCCUGGUCAAUUCAAAUUCAUCUCAUAAUGAUGUAAUGGGGGAGAUUGGAUGAUUUAAUUAAUGUGUUUAAUAUAAAGAUUUCUUAUGCCCCAUUAGAAGAAGUGGGGAUGUCAUACUAUGAUAAAGCGGUUAGUUGGUCAAUCUGUAGUUCAUUUUGUUUCCAAACAAUAUGCAGAGGUAACCCUGAUCUUUAAUGAUGUAUGUUGGUAUGCUGGUUAUUACGGAGAAAAAGGAUGACACCCAUGAUUUUGAGGUCAAAGGGUCAGGGUCACACUAAGAUGUAAAAGGUAAAUGUGGGCAUGAAGCAGCUGCCUCAGUCAUAUCAUUGUCAUUUAUUGAUAGAUUAUGAAAUUACUCGGCUAAAAUGCAAUCCAUCAUAAGAUGACAUGUAAUGUGUAACAUGUGUCUCCUUACCCCAAAGGUCAAGGUCACUUAGGUCAAAUUUUGCCAUAAAACCACUUGUCCAUACUGUAACUUUGUCAUUCAUCAUGCUUUUUACCACUACCACUUUUUACCGCUAAUUUACCACUUAUGACUAUAAUAAGGAGACAGCAUUUUGUGUGUAACACUUGUCUACCAACCUCAGAGGUCAACGUCACACCUAGAGGUCAAGAGUAAAAUUUGGCUAUAAAAUGGCUUGUUAGGGCUUAACUUUGUCAUUCAUAGUUUAGUUUUUAGAACAGUAUCACAAAUGACUACCAUGGGAAGACAGAGUUUGGGGUGUAUCACCCCUCUCGUUACAUCAAAGGUCAGGGCUUCAAGAUGUCAAAAUUGGUCAUAAAACAGCUUGUUUUUUACAUAGGUGGAGUUUUGAGAUAAAAGUGUAAUGUAUUUGCAUCCUAACCAUAUGGACACAUCUCUAUUUUCUAAAAAUUAUAGCUGAUUUGAAGUCCGCUUAUUAGUAAAUUGAUUCUUAUUAUUCAGGUACAUGCAAUAAUGUAUAAAGCCUGUCUUGUUUUAAUUUGAUUAUAUUAAUUCAUGAACAUGAGUUUUAAUUAUCGUCAGCGGCCAUGAUUUUUCAUCCAUCGUCAAUAUUUACUCAGUGAGCCAUAUUUAUUGCCCCAAGCUUAGGGACUUCAGGUCUCCAGUGAAAAUUAUUAUGUUAGAGAAUAUGAGUCAUAAGGACGCUUCUAUAGAGUAAACAUGUUUAUUUGAGAUUGAAAAGUAUUUUCAUAAACAUAUGAACAAAUUAUAAUAACAGAAUAGGCAUAAACUUUCAAUCUUGCAUGUAUGUAUGUGCUAUUUAUUUAUUUUAUUUUAUUGUUGAAAUGAUGUUACGAGCAAAUAAAAAUUGUCAACAUUGUGA